AGCCGGUAAACGAGAUUAUACCCCCACGUGUUCGCGACAGUGUCCUUUAAGUAUAUAACCUCGAAAAAAAAAUCGCCCCCGACGUUUAGACAUCAUGGACGUCGUGGUGAAAAGUGAUCGCGUAGAAUACACGGAGCGGUAUAUUUUAUCGAAAUACGAUUACCAGUACUGCAAGGCGGAGAAGAUCGGAAACCGUGCGGUGGUGGAACCCAAGACCGAACGGCUCUCUUUUCGUACCCAGCGCAAGGUACCCAAACUAGGGGUGAUGCUUGUGGGAUGGGGCGGCAACAACGGAUCCACUUUCACCGCCGCCGCGAUCGCCAAUCGUUUGCGAUUUUCUUGGUCGACUAGACGUGGUAACCAGACUGCCAACUGGUUUGGUUCGAUAACCCAAGCGAGUACCGUCAAAAUAUGCGAAGGAGUGCACGUGCCAUUGGGUCGCAUACUGCCUACAGUCGAUCCAGAUGAUUUGGUCAUCGACGGGUGGGAUAUCAACUCCAGCAGCAUCGCCGAAGCCAUGGAGCGAGCUCAAGUGCUGGAACCCGGUCUGCAGCAGCAACUUAAGAACCAUUUGGUGGGGCUCAAGCCGAAGCCGGCCAUUUUCUGUCAGGACUUUGUCGCUGAGAACCAGAAAUCGAGAGCAAAUAAUAUUCUGAGCGGGUCCAAAGAAGACCAGGUCAACCGAAUCAUGAACGACAUAGACGAGUUCAAGAAAUCGUCGGGGGUGGACGUGGUGAUCGUCUUGUGGACGGCCAACACUGAAAGGUUCAGCGACGUUCUGGUGGGCGUCCACGACACCGCCGCCAACCUAAAGGCCGCCAUCAAAGCAGACCAUCCGGAAAUCUCCCCUUCUACUCUUUUCGCGUACGCGGCCGUCUCCAGAGGCUGCAGCUACAUCAACGGCUCCCCGCAGAACACCUUCGUACCAGGACUCGUCGAGUAUGCCGAAAAGAAGAAAGUUUUCAUCGCUGGCGAUGACUUUAAAUCAGGCCAGACCAAAAUCAAGAGCGUGCUCGUCGAUUUCCUAGUAAGCGCAGGCAUCAAGCCGGUCAGUAUAGUCAGCUACAACCACCUGGGGAACAACGACGGCAAGAAUUUGUCAGCUCCCGCUCAAUUUAGAUCCAAGGAGAUUUCGAAAAGCAACGUCGUCGACGACAUGGUGGAAUCGAACGAAAUCUUGUACAAUAAGGGGGAGAAACCCGACCACGUGGUGGUUAUCAAAUACGUCCCUUUCGUAGGGGACUCCAAGAGGGCGAUGGACGAGUAUACGUCUGAGAUCAUGAUGGGCGGUUUGAACACGAUGGUGAUCCACAACACGUGUGAGGAUUCAUUGCUUGCAGCGCCGAUAAUUUUGGACUUGGUGGUCUUGGCCGAGUUGUUCUCGAGGGUGGAGGUGAAGAAAGCCGACUCAGAGGAUGACGCUUAUACCAAGCUGCAUCCCGUGCUGUCCGUGCUGAGUUACUUGUGCAAAGCGCCGCUGGUUCCCGAUGGUGCUCCAGUGAUCAACUCGCUAUUCAGGCAACGAGCGUGUCUAGAGAACAUCAUUAAAGCUUGCGCUGGUAUUCCUCCGGAUAGCAACAUGGCGUUGGAGCACAAGGUGCCGUUUCUCAUGGCUGACGACGCUGAUUGUUAUGAACCGAAAGCAAAAAUCCAAAAAAUUGCCAACGGAAACUAAUCGGUUUUCCAUUGGUGAUGUCGACCUCAAUGAGAAAGCGUUGUACGCGGCAGCAACGAUGGCGUGAGGGGGAGGGAUGGAUUUAAAAAAUAGGAUGUAAUUGAUGUAUAUUUUUUAAAUUUUAUUGUCGAUUAUAAAGUGUGUUGUCGGA